UCUCCUUGUUGUUCUUCUCUCUCUCACUUGAUCUGUGCAAACUUCACAACAAUGCAUACCAUUCCCAUGAUUUCACACUCCAUAGUCAUAUCCAAGUUUUCUCACCCAUUUUCUUCUUCUUCCUCUUUACCACUCAGUCUCAGGUUCACCAUCAAUGGUGGUGGAGGAGGAGGACCCUUCUUAUCAUAUCCAUCACAAAAGUUACCUCCUUUCCCCAUUUCAGCUCCAAAAAUUCAAUCUUUCAAGGUCCUUGCUGCUGCUUCUGUUCCUGAAGCUAAGAGUGAUGAACCUAUCAAACCAGCUGGUUUAAUUCAAACCCUUCAGCUUGGAGCCAUGUUCGGAACUUGGUACCUCUUGAACAUUUACUUCAACAUCUACAACAAACAGGUUCUAAAAGUCUAUCCAUUUCCAGCAACAGUUACAGCAUUUCAAUUUGGCUUUGCUUCAUUGAUGAUUAACUUAAUCUGGAGUCUUAAUCUUCAUCCCAGACCAAACAUAACUCGUUCACAGCUUGUAGCAAUUCUUCCACUGGUUGUGGCUCACACCAUGGGGAAUCUUCUAACCAACAUUAGUCUUGGAAAGGUUGCUGUAUCUUUCACACACACAAUUAAAGCUAUGGAGCCAUUUUUCACUGUUGUUCUUUCCUCCCUCUUCCUUGGUGAGACGCCGACUUUUGCGGUAGUUUCUUCUCUUGUACCGAUAGUAGGAGGAGUAGCACUGGCAUCAAUGACUGAAGUCUCCUUCAAUUGGAUUGGCUUUGCUACUGCUAUGGCAUCUAACCUUACUAACCAGUCGCGGAACGUUUUGAGCAAAAAACUCAUGGUCAAUGAAGAGGAAACUUUGGACAAUAUCAACCUCUACUCUUUGAUAACCAUCAUUUCCUUUAUCCUUUUGGUUCCAUUUACUAUAUUCUUGGAGGGUGUCAAGUUUACUCCGUCGUACCUGCAAUCUGCUGCAUGCCAAGGAUUGAAUGUUAGAGAGCUAUGUGUGAGAUCGGUUUUGGCGGCGUUCUGCUUCCAUGCAUACCAGCAGGUAUCUUAUGGAAUAUUACAAAUGGUGUCACCUGUGAGCCACUCCGUAGGGAACUGUGUGAAGCGCGUCGUUGUCAUCGCCUCCUCGGUUAUCUUCUUCCAAAUUCCUCUCUCGCCACUCAACACGCUCGGCACUGGUGUUGCACUUGUUGGAGUUUUCUUGUAUUCAAGGGUGAAGCAGAUAAAGCCAAAGCCACAAACUAAGGCUGCAUAAAAUGAACAAUCUUAAUGUUACUCAAAGCAAAUAUAACCAAUCAACAUUUUACAUUUUUUUUUUUACAGUUAGUUUUUCUUUGCAUAGAAAAUAUAAUUUGAUUCUACAUUAAUAUUUUCAUA